AACUGCCUAAGCUAAGCAAGCUACUCAAUCAACAAGAGUUAAUAUUGCUCGCUAAUCAGCUCUCAACUAAAAUUCGACUAGCUAGGCUAGCUAUAGGUCCCCUCCCCCCCUCUGUCUUCUGCUUCUCAUCUCAUGGUGCCCAAAGAAUAAUCUCGUAGGCUUCCUGUUUCAUCCCUCCUGAGAUCUCCACGAGCAUCAGCGGCAUCAGCAGGCUGGCAACACGCGGCAUGGAGCACCAGCUGUUCGAUGACCCCUUCUCGAGCAGCAUCUCGUCGCUGGAGGCGGACAUCUUCUCCGCCGGCGGCCAGCUGCCGUCGCCGCUGUGGCCGGACCUCGAACUCGACCUCGACCUCGACGACGACGACAUCCACGACCUCUCCGCGCCGGCGGCCAACGCCACCUCCUCAGGAGGCUAUGGCUCGGGCGGAGGCUCCGGCGGCUCCCACAGGAAGCUCAGCCACAACGCGUACGAGCGCGACCGCCGGAAGCAGCUCAACGAGCUCUACUCCUCGCUCCGCUCCCUCCUCCCCGACGCUGACCACACUAAGAAGCUGAGCAUCCCCACCACGGUCUCCCGAGUUCUCAAGUACAUCCCCGAGCUGCAGAAGCAGGUGGACAACCUGGAGAGGAGGAAGAAGGAGCUGACGAACGCCAACUGCAAACCAGGAGUUCUGAAGACGAGCCAGAUUGUAACUCCCAUUGUUUCUGCUACCUGCCUCAACGAUACGGAGAUCAUGGUUCAGGUCAGCCUGCAGAGCAAUGUGGCCGCCACAAGUCUUCCUCUGUCCAAGUGCAUAAAAGUGCUGGAGAACGAAGGCCUUCACCUGAUUAGUUCAUCAACUUACUCCACCUUCGACAACAGGACAUUCUAUAGCCUCCAUCUUCAGAGAAGUCAAAGAACGAUGAAGGAGGAGUGCCCAGCAUUCUGCGAUGAACUGGAGAGGAUUAUCAAGAAGAAAGCAGGGGCGUAGCUCAAGUGCGCGCUAGCUAGUACAUAUAUAUUGCACCGCGUGUAUUAUUAUUGGAUCCUAUAUAUGAGUAUACGCUGAUUAAUUAAGAGUGACUGUAAAUGGUGGGUUAUGUAGUGGAUCGUGUGGAGUCGACAAUGCAUACGUUAUUAGACGAAUGGACUAAAUUAUAUUAAGCAUAUACUCCUAUAUAUAUAUAUAUAUAUGUGUGUGUGUGUGUGUGUGUGUGUGUGUAGUUCGCAAAAAAGUUUGCAUUUUAGUAUUGUAGCACAUUUCAUUGUUAUUUGACAAUUAAUGUCCAAUUAUAGAUUAAUUAGGCUUAAAA